AUGUUGGUCAAGUCGGUAAGUCUGUUUGAUGGGUUUUUUGAUGUUAAGAUUGGGCGAAGAUGAUGAAAACGAUGUUUUAGUCGAUGUUUAGAGUCUCUGAAAAAGUCCACGCGGCACGAAACCGUAAAUUCGACGAGCCGGAACGACGAGAAAUCACGUACGCCAGGAGAACAGCACUCAGAGCACAGCAAGAGGUCUUUCAACAAGAUUCUGACAAGAAAAACGAGGACAGGUACCAAGAACACCAUCAAUAACGUCACUCCACGGACGAGACGAGCUCCCCACCCCUUGGAAGUUGUCUAAUGCGAACCUGACCGUAAGUAAUCAUCGGAGACAUGGUCCAGUAGAUGUCGAUCUUCAACAGUUGUAAAUUGGUCCAAAUGAGAAGGUCCAGGUACUUCCUCGUGUCAUCAAGUGGUGUCUUACACGAAACCCCGGUUAUAAGCCAAAAUAAGUCAAUGGAUAUAAAGAAUAUAAAGUAAAGUAAGUAUUUAUUCAAGUAUUUUAUAAAUUACAAUUUUAAAAAGAUAUGGAUAUCCAUUUGUAAUGGCUGAUGUUUCAGGGCUCCAACGGGACCGCUGGACAUGGAUGGGAGAACAUGACCCACCGAGAUGUUCAUCUUGGAACUACGACAUCUGAAACAGCUGGAAGAAGUCAAAAAAAUCUUUACCUGAUCCAAGGAGCAUGUUAG